AUGGAUAAUACAGUGAAUAAUGAAAAUGAAUUGGAACCAGAACGACCACCUCAUCCACCUUUGUAUGAACAACUCUAUCCAACAAGUCAUCAGUUGUCACCAACAGUUGUACCAUAUGAUGGUUUUGUGGCUGAUAUUGAUGCCCGAAGUAUUUUUGAUAUAAUUGAAAAAUCUGACAAAAUGUCAUUGAUCAUGUUGCUCACUAACAGAAGUAAUUUACAACGAGUUGAAAUUUGUGAAAAAUACAAAUCAAUUUAUAACAAGGAUUUGAUAGUUGAUUUAAAAUCAAUAUUAUCUGGUGAUUUAAAAGAUUUAAUAAUUUCAAUGAUGACUCCAUUACCAAUUUUUUAUGCAAAAGAACUUAAUUUAUCAAUUGAUGGAACUAUUAAAAAUGAUUCUGUUUUAAUAGAAAUUCUAUGUACAUUAUCGAAAAAGGAAAUUAAUAUUGUCAAAAAUGAAUAUAAAAAAUUGUAUAAUAAAGUACUUGAAGAAGAUAUACAUGAUACAUGUACUAAAUUUAAAAGACUAAUGGUAUCAUUGUGUUGUGCAAAUCGUGAUGUUAAUAUGACAAUUAAUAUUGAAUCAGCAAUUAAUGAUGCUAAAAAACUUUUAAAUUUUGAUACAAAUAAUAAUGAUGCUAAUGUAUUUAAUGAUAUUUUUGUACGACGUAAUGAAUUACAGUUGAAAAAAAUUUUUCAUGAAUAUGAAAAGAUAAGUGGACACAGUAUUGAGACGACGAUUAAAAAAGAAUUUUCUGGUGAUAUGAAAAAAGCACUUAUUUGUAUUGUCAAGUGUGUUAAUAAUCGUGCUGUUUUUUUUGCUGAACAAUUGUAUAAAAGUAUGAUAGGAUUAGGCACAGAUGAUCGUUCAUUGCAACGUUUGAUUUUAACACGUUCAGAAAUUGAUAUGGGAGAAAUUAAACAAAUUUUUCAAACACAAUAUAAUGAUACACUGGAAAAUUUUAUAAUAGAUGAUUGCUCGGGUCAUUAUAAAAAGUGUCUACUUGCACUUAUUAAUUAGAAAAAAAAAUAUAUAAAUGAUUUAGUUGAAUAAUUUAUAAUGAUAAAUAAAUAAAAAUAUUAAUUUUCAAUUGAUA